AUGGAGACAUCAGGUGUGACACUAGAUCAGAGCUCGUACUCUGAUUUUAUCACCUGUGCAGCCAUCACGCAGUGGGUUAACAGCCAAGAAUCAAGAGUAUGGCUGCGAGUUUCUUCCUGCUCACAAUCCCCAAUCUUAAUGGGUUUGUGCAACAGCACUGGUUUUUGGUGUUUGCUGAGGAAUAGUGAACGAGCCUUGCACCACAUUGGGAGAAAAGUGAUGUGUCAGCCCAAACCUCAAUCAUCUUUGAACCAGGAAAGCGCAUCCCUAUUCAGAACCCUGGCAGUAGGCGUUGGAAGCUUGGGCAUUAUUGUAGAGCUGAAUGCACCUCGACCGUAUUUGGUACAAGCUUUGCUCCGCAGUGAAGGAAAGCCACAAUAUUUACUUGCAGAAAGUAAUGGAGAAGCAGCUCCAACUACACAGGCUGCUAAGUCUAUCAAAGCAAUAGACAGAACAACAGUUCAUAAGAUAUGCUCUGGUCAGGUUGUUUUAACACUUGGAACAGCUAUCAAAGAACUUGUGGAAAUAGCAUAUGCUGGAGCUACAAGCGUAGAGAUCCGCCUUCGAGAUCAUGGCAUUUCCUUGAUUGAAGUUAUAGAUAAUGAAGUGGAAGAGAGUGACUUUGAAGGGCUGACUUUAAAACAUCAUACCUCAAAGAUACAAGACUUUGGGGACUUGGUUGGAGUGAAAACCUUUGGGUUCCGAGGUGAAGCCCUGAGUUCCCUGUGUGCCCUUAGUGACCUCACAAUUGCAACCCGGCACGAAAGUCAAGCAGUUGCCACUAAACUAGUUUAUGAUCAUAAUGGCAAACUUAUUACCAAAACUCCUUGCCCUAGACAGGUUGGAACAACUGUCACUCUGCAGAACCUGUUCUCAACCUUGCCGGUAAGACACAAGGAAUUCCAGCGUAAUAUCAAAAAGGAGUUUGGCAAGAUGGUACAGGUCCUGAAUUCAUACUGCCUAAUAUCCACUGGAAUUAGGAUAUCAUGUACAAAUCAGAGUGACAAGGGCAAAAAAUCAGUUGUGCUGUCGACAAAUGGACAUCCAACAAUAAAAGAGAACAUCUCAUCAGUAUUUGGAGCUAAACAGGUUUCAAGCCUUAUGGAAUUCAAGCAGGAAACAGCAUCAGAUGACAUUUUGUCUGAAUAUGGCAUGCAGUGCUCUAGUGAAGAUAUCAAAGGGAAUACAUUAUUUACCUUGGAGGGAUUCAUUUCGUCCUGUGAACAUGGACAGGGACGUUCAGCUUCUGAUCGCCAGUUCUAUUUUAUCAACUCUCGUCCAUGCGAUCCAGCAAAAGUCAUCAAGGUCGUGAAUGAGGUAUAUCAUCAGUAUAACCGCUACCAGUAUCCUUGCGUUGUGCUAAACAUUCGUUUGAAAGAGGAUGAUGUGGACAUCAAUGUGACUCCAGACAAGAGACAGAUAUUAGUCAAUAAUGAGAAGCUUUUACUUGCAACAAUCAAGACCUCAAUGAUUCGUCUCUAUGGAAAUAUACCAAAUUCUUUCAAGAUGCAGAACACAUCUCUCAACAACUCUUUCACUUCAUCACAAAGUAAUAAUACCCCAUCAAGAGCAAGCCCCAGUGUAGGGAGUCCAUCCAACAGUAGGAUCUCAGCGCUUAGCCAGAAGUUUGGUCGCAAAUCUGAAGGCUCUCCACUGUCGAACCUCUCCCCUACACAACCUUCAACUCCACUUUCAGUAUUUAGCCUCAAGAGGAGCUUUUCAAACAGUUCUUGUACUGAUGAAAGCCAAGUAAUAAACGUAAAACCAAAACUUGAAUCUUUCCUGGCAAAAUGCAAGUCUGAUCCUGGAAAAAAUCCUGUUACCAGCAUAAAAUCUGAAGAAGACGACAAAAGCUUUCUUUCAGAUUUCACCCCACUGGAAAAUCAUGAGAUUGUUACAAAUGGAGAUAAGAAUGAUAUUGAGAAUAAUGAUGCAGUUAAAGAAGAGUGUGAAGACAUGGAAGGUGGAAGGAAGAUGGUAAAAAGUGAGAUUCUUGAAUCUGAUGAAAAAGAAAUCAUGCCACCAGACAGUGCAAAUGAGACAAAUUCAAUAAAAACUGAAGAUAACCAGCAGGAAAUGUCAUUGGUACUGGAAUCUGAGCUUGUAAAUGGAGAUUUUGGUAAUUCAGAAGGAAAUGACGAGAUAGGCAACAGCCAGCAAAGCGACAGUUUUGCAAAUAAUAACAAUGAAAAAAAUUCAUUAAAAAGUGAUGAACUAAGAAAUCCUCAGUUAUCCAGUGGUUCUUCAAAAGGUCCUGAUUUAAAGAGUGGUCUAUCUCAAUUUUCUAGGUCUGCAUCAGUAACAUCUCAAAGCUGUAAGAAGGCUCAUAGUGCUACAGAUAAUUUCUUGAAUAGUCUUUUAGCAAAGAAAUCACAGAACAAAUAUGUAAAAGAACCCAGCAUACCAUCUACCAAUGGAUACAAACAUGAUGCUGUAGAUGUAAGAGAACAGAAAGAUGAAGGAACAGUUGAGGACACAGACUUUGCAGAGAUCUGGGAAGAUGAGUUUUAUGAAGAUAGUGCACCAGAAGAGGAAAAACAAAUGAAAAGACUAUUGUGUGUGAAGAACAUCAGGAAGAAAUUGAACAUAAGUACCAGUACUGAAAAAGAAAGACCUGGAGAAUUAGUCAGAAAGUUCCGAGCCAAGAUUGCCCCAGGUGAAAAUACUUCAGCGGAAGAUGAGCUGAGGAAAGAGAUCUCAAAAGACAUGUUUGCAAAGGCAGUUGACAAUGGAGAUUUUGGUCAGUUCAAUUUGGGAUUCAUCAUUGCCCGCUUUGGCUCAGACCUUUUCAUAAUUGACCAGCAUGCAACUGAUGAAAAGUACAACUUUGAAACUCUCCAAGCAACUUGCACAAUUCAGAAUCAGAGACUUAUGCCCAAACAACUGGAACUGACAGCAGCUAAUGAGACAGUCUUGUUAGAUAAUUUGGAGAUAUUUUUGAAAAAUGGAUUUGAGUUUAAGAUAGAUGAAGAGAAACCAAUGGGACAAAGGGUGAGCCUAAUUUCAAUGCCCCAUAGCCGAGGUUGGGAGUUUGGACGAGAUGACAUUGACGAAUUGAUAUUCAUGUUAUCUGACUCUCCUGGGGUGAUGUGUAGACCAACUCGUGUCAGGGCAAUGUUUGCUUCAAGAGCUUGCCGUAAGUCUAUUAUGAUUGGUACUGCAUUGACAAAAGCACAGAUGCAGAAACUGGUUUGCCAUAUGGGUGAGAUCGAUCAGCCAUGGAAUUGUCCGCAUGGUAGGCCAACAAUGAGGCAUUUGAUAAAUCUUGAUAUGGUCACUGGAUCAAGAUGAGUAGUAAUGAGUGCUCAGAAAUUAACUAAUUUUUAGAUUUGCUCUUAUAAAUAGAGAAAAGAUUUGAUCAUACAGGUGACUUUUGUAUAUAUCUUUUUUCGAGUGUAAAUAUCAUAUGUUAG